UCUCUCUUCUCUCUUCUCUCAUCUCUGAUAGUGGAAAUCUCAGAUCAGGUAAAAAUGCAAGGUGGAAUCCAAAAACUGAUGUCACAUGGGAAGAAUGCAGUGCUUCAACACAUCCGUUUAGUGAACCCAGUAAUGCGCCCUCUUUUGUUUCCUCGCUAUGAGUCAGUAGCUGCUUCUUCUCGCAUGGAAGAGCAUGGUUUUGAAAGCACCACCAUUUCUGAUAUCUUGAAAGGCAAAGGUAAAAGUGCUGACGGAUCCUGGCUGUGGUGUACUACAGAUGACACUGUUUAUGAAGCUGUGAAAUCGAUGACACAACACAAUGUUGGAGCCUUGGUUGUUGUGAAACCUGGGGAGCAAAAGUCAAUUGCUGGGAUUAUAACAGAGAGAGAUUAUCUCAGGAAGAUCAUAGUACAGGGAAGAUCAUCCAAAUCAACCAAAGUCGGGGACAUCAUGACUGAAGAGAACAAGCUCAUCACAGUCAAGCCCGAUACUAAAGUUCUAAAGGCAAUGCAACUGAUGACAGAUAAUCGCAUCAGGCACAUUCCAGUUAUCGAUGACAAGGAAAUGAUAGGCAUGGUGUCCAUCGGAGAUGUGGUUCGUGCUGUGGUGAGUGAGCAUCGAGAUGAGUUAGACCGCUUGAAUGCAUAUAUACAUGGCGGUUACUAGAUGAUGAUGAUGAAAACAAUUAGCUGUUGGGCUGUUGGAUCGUAUUUUUACUGUUCAAAAACAAGUAAGCCUAAUGCUUGUAAAUAUAGUAUGUUUAUGUUGUGUGCCAAGUGCAUCUACUAAGCCACUGUUUUGCCUCCAUAUGCUGAUGUUGGAUUAUCUAAAAAUCAGUGUAACGACUGAGGUUAAUAAUAAUAAGCACUAAAGCCGCCUUGAACUUAUUUCUUUGUACUUUGGUGAUAGGUUACUGAAGAAUAACAUUGUGUUUCGACUGUUGGUAA